AUGAGCGAAAUCGAAGUUGAAGCCUCAGAGGUACCAGAUGGUAAACAAAAACGCAAGAAGGGAAAGAAAAAAGCGGAAAAGAAGUUCAAUGCACCAAUUGUGAUACCUUCUAGUACAAUGACCAAACAGGAAUAUCAGUCCCAAAUGAUGCUUGCUGCUUCACAGACUCAGUACCCAUUGGAUUCGUCUACGAAAUCUAAUUUAGUAUUAGGCGCAGGCAGCUCCAAGACGUUGAAAUCGAAGCCUAGCAAAAUUAAGUCAAAAUCUAAAAAUAUUUUACAAAGUUUCCUCCAGCUAACACAGGAUGAUGAGGAGUCGUACUCAUCAGGAUCUUCAACACCAGAAGAAGAGAAACAAGCUUCCAAAAAAAAGCACGUGACUAAAGGUAAAAUCGUGAAACUAUCUAUUGAUGAAGAUGGUAUUGACAUAGGUGCUGAGUUAGAUAAGAAACCGCCAAAGAAACCUAAAAAAGAAAAGAAAGGCAAAUCCAAAAAGGCUGGGAAAAUGGAGAAAGAAAAACCAGAAGAAGAAGAGGAAGAUAUAAUGCUUACAAUUAUGAAAUUACAACCCUCAGCGACAGCACCUUCUGAAAGUAUUACAGAAAAAGAGGAAGGCAAGGAAUCGAAAAAGAAAAAGGUUUCCAAUCGAAUAUUCCUAUUUCCUGUAUCUUUUAUAAAUUUAUUGUUACAGAAAAGCAGCGGCAAAAAGAAAAAGGACAGAAAUAUAACUCCUCAAAUGGCGGAACAAUUGAAAAUGGAAGCCGAACAAGAAGCGAUAAGACAAGCUGAAUUGGAAAAAAUAAGACUUGCGGAAGAAAGAUUAAUUGCGAUAGAGAAAGAGAAAAAAGAAACACUUGAAGCACAAAUUCGUGUAGAACAAUUAUCGAAAACAAACAAUAAUAUUCAGAAAGCACUGGAACAUUAUAGAGAGGCAACAAAAGCGGAAAGAGAAGAAGAAGAGUGGAAAUUGUUUGUCGAAUGCGGUAAUUUACCAAAUCCUUAUUUUUGUGAUCAAAUGAACACGUAUCUUCACAUAUGGGAAGAUGAAAUUGAAAAUACCAACGUAUCAGAUAUUUCUAUAAGAACAGAGAAUACUUUAAAGCUUAUCGGAAGUUUGGAGGAAUUAAUUACAAUGCCACCUGAAGCAGAUGACAAUAGUGAAAAAUUAAAAAAUUGGUUGUGGAUUCGUCAACUUUACAUCGAGCAUCAGCAAAUGAGUUUAGAUGUUGCGACUUACAGACUUCUUAGAAACGUUUCUAAAAAUUUGGUGAGACUUGAUAUACCGACAGCCGAUUACAAUUACAAGGACCCCUAUGUUACUUUAUGUCUAUGGUUGAGGGUACAGUUACCGACGCCUUUACCAAAUCCGAGAAGACCACCAAAGCCAAGAAUAGAUAUCACCUUCAAAAAUUUAAAUGGUUUGCAAGUAAUCUUGCCAGCUACUAUGGAUCUGGAAAAAAUGGCAUUGAGAGUCAUGAAUCUGACAUAUGAUCAUUUAAGUGAUAAUUGUGAAUUCUUCGAUUGCCCUACAAUACCUGCACAUUACGAUUUAGAUUUGAAGGAAUCCUGUAAAAAAGAAUGGCGUAUUAAAUUACAAUACAAAUAUGACAAUCGCGAUAAAAAGCCUCGCCCAGUUAUAGAUCCUGAAAAUGAAAAUGCAGUAAUAUUAGUACCAGAACCAGAAGAGUUCGCGUCAGAUGAAGACAUUCCCCAAGUGCCAUACAAAAAGCUAGAGCCUACUGCCAGUCAAUAUGCCUGUUCUGUAGAAGAAAAGUUAUACGCCGAAGCCAGAGAGCAGUUUUUGUUAGAUUUACCUCAAAAUGUAGUGAAUUUAAGGAAAUACGUAAUACUUGGUGGUGUAUAUCACAUAAAUUUGCUACACCAACCACCUCAACCUCAAGAUUAUGUUAUUUUGGAUUUGAAUAUUACAAGAUUAUUUGUUCCCAAGCAACUUGAGCACGUGGACUUCUUCACAAGUUAUACGCCUCCGGUGCCAUCAGAUCCCGACGUUAGAAAAGCACCAGAAGAGUUAGAGGAAGAGAUGAAGAAAAACGAGGAAGCAUUGGAUUCUUUAAUAUACAUUAGCUUAACGUGGCCUAAGCACGUGAUAUUUCUAGAGUUACCUCUAGUAUGUAUUUGGGAUGACAAAGAAAAGUACUGGACCAACAAAUAUAUUCACGAUUUAAAGCACAAUGAAGAGAAGGGAACGUUAUCAUUUAGAUCACAAGUUUUCGGAAUCUUUGGAUUAGCUUCGUUGAAAUAUAGUAAUUUACCAUAUCAAGCAUGGGAAAUAAAACCAGAAGAAAAUGGAUCAAUUAGUAUAUCGAUCACAUCGGCAAUAUUGAUUUUUGACUUCAACAUUCAAGAUGGGAAAAUAUGUCUAAUUUGGGUACAAAAUAGUCCAAAUGAUGCUUUGAAAGCAUACAUUGGAAAAUACAUGAAACUAUAUACGCUAAAAAAGGUAUUAAUAGAGACGGGUAUAAACAUAUUUCCUGAACACGAUGCAUUUUGUUACGUUGAAGGUUGUUGCGAGAAACAAUGGCCGAUGGAAAAGAAUCUUUACUGUAAUAUGGCAGCCUUGAGCGGCUGUUUUAAUUUUGCAUGGUCCAGAUGGAAUUUAACACUAGGUAGAAGAAGUAUCGUUUUAUUGAUGAGAGAAUACUCGUUCGAUAAAUCAAAACAAAAAAACUAUUCAACUCUUCUAGUUACCCCUACUAAUUCUACAAUAAUCAAUUGUACGGAAGUUAGUCAAGAGUUUUCGGAUGAACCUGUAGAAUCAAUCAAGUUUUCCGCCGAUUUGUACAACUUAAUGAAAACAAUUAGUGGAAUUGCAGUCAGAAAAAAAGUUGGAGAAUUUUCCAAAUUAAAUAUAUAUACAGUUUCCGAAUUCUUGAUAGCUACAAGAAUUUUGAGUUUCUCAUAA